AUGGGUGGUGAAAAAAUCGUCCCACAAGGGCCCAAACCUGGUGAAAGGUUUAGGCUGCUCAAAGAGCAAGAAGCAAAGAGACGUCGAGAAAAAGAAGAUGAGAGACAGAAAGUUGAAGUAGCUUUAUCGAAUCAAAAUACAAACAGUGCACAAGAACAUGAGCCAAAAUCUGAUACAGCCGAUAAAAAAAUGAACUUAAUCCAAGAAACAACAGAUGGCAAGGUCGCUCUGAAUGGGAAGCCAUCCAUUCAAAAGGUUGAGAGCACAAAUGGUAAAUUCGGUGUUGGCCAUGACACAGAACAACACUACUCUCAUGAAACAUAG